CGAAGCAGAAAAACCAAUCCACCGCCGCUGUCUUUUCCCUCUCUCACAUCCCGUCGCUUCCGCCGCCGGCCGGUUACCGUUUCUUCGUCCGUCGCACGCACGCACGCACGCGCAUACCUCCUCUCAUCCCCGUCUGACGAGGAGCAGGGGAUCGAUGGAUGUAAGGUUCGGCUUCCAAUCCAUCCAGGACGCCGGCCAGUCCACCGGGGGAGAGUCCAAAUUGUGCACGCGAAAGCCCUAGGCGCCGCGCAUACCAUCUUCGCCGCCUCGCCCAGCUCUUGCUCGCCUUAGCUCGCGGAGAUGGAGCAGGACGCGCCGCCCGUGCCGCACCAGGCCCAGGACGACGGCGCCGUGGACGGCUGGGCGCGCGACGACACGGAGCCCUCCCCUACGGCGUCCCGGCGGAGUGCUCCGAGGCGUAGAUCCUCCUCCUUGCCGCCGCCUCCGUGCAGCCGCUCGUCCGCACCCUCAACUACGACUCGGUGGGGAGGAGCCCUGGGACGACCUCGACGCCUGUUCCCGCGACCACAACCACUGCGUCCGCCCCGCAAGAAAGCCGCAUGGAUUGGGGAUAUGUACUUCGGUUUGGGUUCAUCAAAAGGGGCAAUUGUUGAGCAUUUGUAUCAACUAUCGAGGAUCUCAAGUUCACAUGGAUCACACUAUGAUCAAGUGCAUUCUGGUGCUGUGAUGAUUGUGACGGAAAAUGUUAGCAGCAGAAGCAAUCGCUACGAUCUUGACCUCCAUACGAAAUCUGCAAGGGUAUCAACAACAAAGGAAACUGGUGUAAGAUUGAGUACUAAGACUUGAAGAUGAGCUACCAUCAAGAUUAUGUCUCGACAAUCAAGUAUAGUGAAUUUUUUUACUGAACUCACAGAAGUAGAUUGCGUACCCCAUCCAGCGUUCAACCCAAUGGACAUCGAGGGAACCACUUUGAGUAGGCAAUUGUUUGUGUGGAGGAAAAUGCAUGUUUGGACGAUGUUGUUUGGGAAGUUAGAAUGCACUUUCAUGAAAGAGACAACUUGAAGAGAUCCCUCUGCAUUUCAGACAUCACAUAUCACAAUUUGGUAGCAUUAAUAGAGACAGAGGGAUAUGGGCUGAAUGAUUACAUUUACUUUGUGAGGGAGCCUGGUGUGGGUAUUGAAGGAUUGGUAGAAAUUUCUGAUGAUGACAAGGUGGAUGAAAUGCUUGACCAUAUUGCUAAUAAGGAUCAGACUGUAGUGAAUUUGACAGUGAUUAGGGCCACUGAUCCAAGACCUGCAGAUUUGAAUGCAGGAUAUUUGUAUGAGGAGCGGGUUCCUUCGAGUCAAUUAGGAGAAAAACUUGUCUAUGAAGUCAAUCCUUCUGGAGUUCUAUUCAGAUCACCUGAGAAAUCAAAUAAACAGAGGCAGUCAGAGCCACUUCAGUUCUUUUCCACACAGCAGAGCACAAACUUAGAUAUUGCUAUGGAGCAAGAUGAGCAGGAGACACUAAUGGAGCUAAAGAGGAGAACCAAGAUUGAGAACUUUAGGAAACAUAAGGAGGCAUCUGAGCAUGUUCAAAUGGUUAAGCAAAAACUACCAGUUCUUCUAACUGAAGAUGACUCUGAUCUGGAUGCAGCAGAUGAGGACUUUGUUAAAAGGCUUAAUGAUUUGAGGAGGCAGAGAGAGGAUCCACUCCUUCAUUUUGAAGGAGACACUGAUGUGGAUGAAGUGUAUGGGGAAGAUGAGCAAGUGGAGCAAGUGGAGGAGGAUGAGCAGAUGGAGCAUGAGGAGGAGGAGCAGGUGGAGCAACAACAGGAGCCACCAAAGAAGAAGGAAAAAAGAAAAGGGCCAACCAAGAGGUCACAUUCAAGCUUGGAGCAAAGAUUUGAGGAUGUGUAGGUACCAUCAUCAGAUGAGGAGAUAGAUGUAGGUGAUUUGAAGCAGGAAUAUGAUGAUGGAGCUGAGAAUGCACCUUUUAUUUUGCCCAAUGGAAGGAAGAGCAGAGCAUAUAAAGCACAACCAAGGAAGUGGUACAGUAAAGAAAGAGAGAACCCAGAGGAGCAGUUAUGUAGAAAGCUUUGUUUCCUUAAUGUGUACCAAUUUAGGAGAGCACUUCAGACAUUUCACAUAAGUCAGAAUAGGAACUAUGACUUCCACAGAAACUGCAAUGACAGCAUCAUAGUUGUGUGCACUAAUGUAAAAUGUCCUUUCUACAUUGCAGCUUCUGUUGUUGCAAAUGAAACUACUUUUUGCAUCAGAAAGGCUAAUUUUCUGCACACAUGCCCAGCACUAGCAGAGAAUACAAAGGUCACAGGAAAAUGGGUGGCACACCAGUGUGAGGAUAUGCUGAGAAUUGAUAUUGGCACACCAAUCACCACAAUAAUGCAGAAUUUGAAGAAGAAAUAUGAAGUAGAGAUCUCAACCCAUAUGGCCUAUAGGGCUAGGAAACAAGCAUUGAAGGUUGUCCAAGGAGACCAGAGAGGUCAAUACACUAGGAUUAGAGAUUAUUUGCAGGCUGUUUUGGACACAAACCCAGGAAGUAGAUGUGUUGUGACCACUAAGCAUUUGCCACAGCACCCAAGCAAGAACCCAAGGUUCCAUGGCCUGUUCUACUGUCUUAAUGCUUGCAAAGAAGGGUUUUUAAAUGGAUGUAGGCCAUUCAUAGGGGUAGAUGGUUGUUUUAUCAAGCUGUCAACAGGUCAGCAGAUCCUUGCUGCAACAGGAAGGGAUGGAAACAACAACAUAUACCCUAUAGCAUUUGGAGUUGUUGACAAAGAGGACACAGACAGCUGGACCUGGUUCUUAACACAACUGAAAGAUGCACUUGGUGGAGAAAGUGGAAAGUUUGGGUAUUAUACUAUCAUUUCUGAUAGGCAGAAGCCAAACAGGUCACAUGCUUCUGCUUCAUCUACGGCUGCUGCACCAACAAGGAAGAGGCCAUCUCCAUGUACAGCAGAUGUUGGGACUGCUCCUCCCAGGAAGAAAGCUGCACCUGCUGCAACUACACCUACUGCUCCUCCAAGGAGGAGAGCUGCACCUGCUGCUAUUGCACCUACUGCUCCUCCCAGGAGGUCUCCCAGGAAGAAUGCUACCCCAGCACCUACUGCUCCUCCAGGGAGGUCUCCCAGGAAGAAAACUACCCCAGCCGGUACAUCUUCUACAUCUGCUGCAGGCCAUAGGGGAACAUUUCAUGCUCCAAGACAGACUGGAAGGAAGAGGACAGUUUCCUACAAGAUGAAAGAGUACCUAUAUGCUUAUGCCCUGCUUUGUGCUGUCCUAAUUCAAGUUGCGCCGCCACAAAAUGCUGCUAGUUUAACUGCUGUAAGCGCAGCAAUAGGAGCAGCGCAGGCGGCCGCUGCAGCUAAGCUCGCAUGGAACGUAUGCCCUGUUGCAGCCUCGCAGGUCAUUAUCAUCUCAUCUCACCACACUCAUGCAACAUAACCUGGCGAGUUCACUCCUUACUCAUUCUAUGUACCAGUUCCAUAGCUUUAUUCACUGAACUGAGAUGAUGUUUGCGUUCAGUUAGAUGCUGCUUGCUCGAUUUUGACUGUGCCGUCGGCCCCCUCCUUUCUCCCCGUGCCGCCGGCCCCAUCCUUUCUGCCCGCGCUGGAGCAGAGAUGCCUCAGUAGGGGCAGAACACCGGGGCUUUAUCUCUCCUUGUCUAGCACCGGCCGGUGAACAAGACGGAGGGUAACCAAGGUCGCCUCAAAUGGCCGCUGCUCUUCUCCGGCUUGGACCAGAACCCCGGCGUAUGGGUAAGUACAGGCGUAUGGGUAAGUGCAGAGGAGCGAGCAGAGAAGAUGGUGCAGCCAGCCUCCUCCUCUCUCCCCCUCCCCUUGCCGCGAGCAGAGCAGAUGGUGAAGCCGGCCUCCUCCUCUCUCUCCCUCCCCUUGCUCUCACUAGCUUUCGGCACCCUCCUCGCCAUUGGCUCCAUACCCAGAUAAUUGAUGAAAAAACUUUGAUAAAUAAAUACCGGCGCCGUCUCAUCGUCUUCAUCGACAUGAGCAUCACUGUCAGUCCACGCGUCCAUGCCUCCCCAUGUACCAUGCUGGAGUGGCCGCCACCUGGUUGAGGUAUCGCGCCGCCGCCGCCGCCGCUGCCCGGGUCAUCCUCUCCACCUGCAAGACACCUCGGUUUUCUUUUCUUUUUCACUAUUUCUGUUCUUCCACUUGUUUCUUCUUCCUGGACCUCCCUGUCCGCUGAAAUUGCAGGCUGAGGGGAGCACCAUGAGGAUGAGGAGGUCAGUGGCUGAUAUAGAGAGCUCCUCGAACGAGGAAGUAGGAGCAACUCGAAGAUGUCAUUUUUCAGUUUUGAUGGGAAUCGCUACAACAACAAUUAGAAGAGACUGCAUUGCGCGUUCAGAACCAAUUUCUAGGGGUUGCCGAGGAGCGGUUAUAUUGGCAACAUGUUUGCCGUUGGAGUUUUAGCUCAAUGGCAUCCUCGAGAAAGAUCUCGCUCUCCUGCUGCUAAUUCCAAAGCAUUCAGAAGAUGCUGGUGAGCAAGUUGUUCACCUGGUCGUGGGGGGCGGAAGCUACUCAGGAUGCACAACAGAGACAAAAAAGCUGGACGAUAUGUACUCUAGGGACACUGACAUUGUGGCUGAUUCAGAUGUGCUGCAGCAUUCAUAUACUAUGCUGGAAGAGGGGGGUGAGGAAGGAGUUGGCCUUGGAAAGUACAACGGUGGCUCUUGGACGAAAAGGGUAAUGGUUGCCAAAAAUCAUGAUGAAAGAGACAGGGACCCAAACAGGUUCCACAGUGGAGCCCUCUCUGCCAGCUUAUGCUGACAAGAAGUCGGGGGCUGUUGUUAAUCCAGCCACCGGAACGAGUUUCAAUUCUCUUGAGGCUUAUGAUUUCUACAACCCUUACUCAUGGGAAAGUGGAUUUGGUGUUUGAUGCCCAAGAGCAGACUUAAUGUUCAUAGGGAGAAGUGCAUGCAUGAAAUAGAGUACGGCUAUGUGGGCAAUCUGUUAAGGGAUAACCGUCGAUCAUCACGUUGCGGCAACACGGCGAUGAUAAGGUUGCUCCGGUCAGAUGACAACAGGUAUUAUGUGGCCGAGCACAUGAUAGAUCACAAUCACCGAGUGAUAGUUAUUAGAAUGGGUUUGGAAGGAAAUUUGCGAGGAGCCUGGCUCUGCUUAACUUGUUGUGGACGAGACGGCAUAUAUGGUUGACCAUAAAAUUGCUCACGGUGUACAGCUCCUAGUUUUUGUGAGCCAAAAAAAGUAAGCAAGUGGAGUGGCUCCUCAGAGUGAAGCGAUCAAGAGCUCUUGUGUGACCAUGGCAUCCCUGUCAAGCUUGCGUGCUUCUGAUGCAAGUCUAUUCCUCUGAUUUUUGUUGUUUCAUUAUUCUUUAUAUUGUGUUAGAAAUGAUGCUCUGUCUUUUAACAUAUUUCUGGUGGUGUGGUGUAGGGUGGUGUACGAGGUGAUAGUAAGAGACGAAGGACUGGAAUUUGAGUGUGAGUGCGGACAAUUUGAGCACACAGGGAUGUUAUGCUGCCAUGUACUAAGGGUGAUGGAUGUUCUCCACUUGGAGGAGGAUCCCGCAAAGCACAUCGUGAAGGAUGGACCAAAGACGCAAGGAUCAUACUGCCCGCGCACCUCGUUCAUUACCAGAAAAAACAGUCGGUAAAUCUGUCAUUCACAUGCAGGUAUUCGACUCUGUAUAUGCAAGCAAUGGAUGUUGUUCGCCUGGGUGACGCAAGUGCGGAAGCGUUUGAGCAUAUGUGAGCUGGUCUGAAGGCGUUGAUGGUGAGUGGGGCACCAUUUGCAGAGAAAAGGGAUGGUUUGGGUUUUUAGGACCAUUUGGCAAAUCUGCCACUAGGGAAGCUUCCUGGCAAUGGAGGGGUUGCAUUUUUAUGGAAUGGCGCCGCAGAGCAUGAAGACAGUGGGUGCCUCUCGGCGAAUGUGAAUGCACUUCAAGGACUAGCUGCUCCAGAGAAGCAGAGGGGUAUCGGCAGGCUGACUAAUAGCUAAGGGAUUUUCGGUGUGUUCUGGUGAGCAAUGGUGCACGCUUGUUCCUCUGUUACUAGAGUUGAGGCCUCGUGUAUAGUUGAGUAGACUGUACUAUAUCUUUAAUGUGAUUUACUUUGUUUGGAUUGGGGGAAGCACAGUGUUUUCGAAUGCUGAGGAGCACGCAGCAUCCCAGCUGUGUGUUUUUAGUGUGAGGUCGAGUGGUGUACAGCUUGCAUGAGAUUGGUGAUGAACAUGGUUGCUGGUGAUCUGCUCAUGCGGCGAGUUAGUGUGCCGGAGGCGGCUCAGCCUGGCACAGAACAGUGCCUGAUCCGUUCUCGAAUUUCCUGUUCUGCCUCUCCCUUUCGGUUGUCUACUCAUUUAAUGCGUCUGCUGGCUGGCUUUAUUUUCCCCUCCAUACAGCUGCUAUACAGAGCACAAUACAACACUGGUCACACAUCCACAUGCCACCUGAUGGUUGUGAUUUCAGGAUCAGCUGAGCCUGGGCUCAGAAACCAAUAUUCGCAUGAAUGCUCCAUAGUUCUACAUGCAACACAGCUAAUUACUGAAUCUGCAAUGCAUGCUUAUUUCUGGCAGAAGCUUAGUGGAUGAAUUAGCAUUUUGUAAGUCUGUCUAAGCUCCUGUCUCUUUUCUUUCUAUAAACUGGAAGGCCAGGAUAGAUUUCUUAAUACCAUUUUGGGAUUGUUUGAGCACUGAAUAAUGUUAACAGGUUUCCCGUUUCUCAUUUCUUAAUACCAUUUUGGGAUUGUUUGAGCACUAUACCAAUGUUUUGCUUUCUGCUAAAGUCAAAGAUAUUGUAUCCAAUGUUUUUAAAUUGCCAACACAUGCCAAAUUCUGCAUAUUCGUUCCAUGGAGAGUGCGGAAGUAAUGUAAUAAUGUGGCACCGAGAUUGGCGAGUGACGCCUACUUCCAGUAUAUAGAGUUUAUCAAAAUGCACAUGAGUUGUCCUGUCAAAUGUUCAGAAAACUGUUAUGUGUUAAAACUGCUGCCAGAUUAGUUCACAUGUGUCUUUCUCUUUACAUAAUUUGUUGCUUCUUACUGAACUUUACGCUGCAUUUCUCUGAACUUUCUUGCUUGCUUGACUGCGUCGCCUCAACUUUGGCUUGCGUUCUUCCCUCUCCCAUAUGGUAGCCGUCUAGGCUCUCUUCCAGCGCUUGCUCGGAUCAUCCGACAAGGCUCUCUGCCAGAUGCCUAAUUCUUAUUUUCUGAUGUUUUGUGUGCAGGAUUAUGGCAAGGAGCAGUGGUCGUUCGGGUUCUUGGGGAACGGCAUGCACAGGUUAACUCGGAAAUUCAGAAUUUCAGUCUUCGUAUUGACAUCCGAGAGGAAGAGAAGUGCUGCAGAGACGUGUUUUAUUUCAAAGUGACGAUACUUACAAAGUAAACCAUGCUUUGUCAACCGAAUAUGUGUAUGUAUGUAUAGGCAAUAAAGGCGUAGAACAGAGUCUUUACUUCUCUUCCAACGGAUCUCCUAGCGAAAUGAAGAUAUGGAUAGGUGCUACUGAAGUAGCCAACAUAUACUUAUUAUGGAGGAUAGCUUGUGGGUGUACAUAAUAGGGAAGCAAGUGAGAUCCCGAGAAAAUACGCAUACAAGUAUAUCACAAGGUGAAUGCUAUAUUAUUCUUAAAUGAAAAUUACACUAGGUUGACUUUUAAUAUAGUUGGAGCAUCCUUUUUUCAACAGUCUAAUUACUCCAUGUAAUUACUGCAUCCAUUUUGGUAUGUGAUACUGCAAGUGUAAAUUCAAGAAAAAAAAACUAUGUUGUUUAGUGUGAGCUGCAAAUUUAGUUUUUGUUGGUGGAUUUCCUCAACCAUAUUUUCGUUGCAUAGAGUGGACUUGGCAGGAGUCUAUUAUUCAGCUCCGUUCUAUGUUUGGAGAGCACUCUCUCUUUUUCCCUUUUGUGGGAAAAAUAUUUUAUAGAGAACUCUGCACUAACCCAUGAUUAGUAGCUGUGAUAUAUGAUGAUUAUCCAAUGACAAAACUGUUACAGAAACCUUCAUUUUGAAAAGGAAUCAUGACCUAAGGUCUUUCUAUACAUUUUCCUGGCUAAUUUGAUAUAUAUUUUGCAUUUCAUCUUCUAUUUCAGCUAAAUUCUUGCCAGCAUGCUAUUUACCACAUAUACGCACUUUAGCCUGCACAAUUGACGGACCUGCUACAGUUCAGUAGGAAAUUUCAAGCAUGGACCAAGGAAACAAGAUGCUGAUGGAGUGUCAUGUAUUGCUGCUACCUGAUUUUCUGUGAGCUUUCAAAUUAGUUCUACGCUGUCCUUCAACAAAUGCUUUGUAUAAUCCAGAAGAAUUGGUAUCUGCAUAGGCAAUUGGUACCGCGGUGCGCUUGCUUAGGCCAUCUAACAUAUGGGUAGAGAUAGAGUUUACCCGGAUAAAGGGAUAUAGAGAUUGUAGGCCAAUGUAUCAUUAACUAUACAAUAUGAAAUAACUCAAGUGUCAAUAUCAAAUGUUCUUCUCUUUACAUAGACAAAAGGGAUAAUGUGGUUUACUUAAUAUAUAUAAAUUGACAUGCCAUAGAUAUUUAUGGUACUCCCUCCGUUCCAGUUUACAAGUCCUGUGCGUAUACCUAGGUUGCCAAUUUUAUCACCCUAAUAUAAACUAUAUAACACAAAAAUUAUACUGUGUGAAAAUAAAACAUCUAAAGUUUAUAUUGGUAUAUUUUUUGUAAUAUAUGACUUGUAUUAGGUUAGUCAAAUUGACGACCUAGGGGUACGCGCACGCCCUAUAAACUGAGAGAGAGGGAGUACGAUGCCUUUCCCACACAUUCAAUGGACAGUCCACUUCCAUGUUUAUUUCUUCUUACACCCAGAAUAUUUCUCUCUUGCAAGUAUUGACUGAAAGAUUAGCAAUAAAAUUAUUAGAAGAGUUUAUUCUUGCGUACAUCGAAGCACUAUAAUGUCUACCAUUCAGUUACAGUUUAAAGUUCAUAUAUAUUAAUAGUAUUAUAGGUUGUUUUUAUAUUUUUAUCAAUUGAAGCUUUCUUAUUAGAUUUUUUUCGAGCUGGCUUCCUUCUCAACAUCCUAUACUAAUAUAGGUUAUUGGAUAAAGUUCUGUACUGAUAGGCCAAAACUUUGUGGUCGCCCAGGCUAUUCAGCCUUUAAUCAUAUUUAACAUCAUCAGGUAAGUAAAGAUGUCAUGAUCAGAAGUUAUUGGCUAUCUGCUAUAUAUAUGCGCAUAAUUUGAUAAACUACAUUGCGCAUUCGAUUGGUUUCAGGAACAAUAGAUUUUCUUAAAUUCUUUUAACUCAAUGUGAAAAUGAACAUUGAUGUUUUUUGCCCCUCGAAGGAGACGAGGUUUAAUAUUUGCUUACAUGACCAGGAACAUUAGGAGAUGUUCAAAUGACUAGUUAAAGAUGAAGAGUUAUUUGCAUAGAUGAUAGCUUUCUUUUCUGUACAAAGAUGAUGGCUAUACCCACAGUAUUGCUCUUAUUACCUUCUUUUGAUGUAGACCUUAGCUCAUUUUCUUAGCAACAAAAAUUCUGAACUUAUUGUGCGCACAUGCUUAUUUGGCCAAUCAGGAUAAUAAUAAUUUUGCGGUUUUUCUACAAGUUUUAUCAGUUUAUUGUUUUCAGAAUUAGAAUCUUGCUGAUUAACCUAUCUGCAUUUUUAGUUCAGUAGCUACCUACAUGAGGUAGGUCCAUUAACUCUUUUGUAGAACCAGAUUGUUGAUAUUUCCUCAGAAGUAAAAAUGUUACCUUUUCCUUUACUUGCUUACUUGAAACCAGACUAUUAGGUACUCACCUUCCAAGAUAUAUAAACAACCAAAAAUAUCACGUGAGGCUAUUCUUUGGUUCUUGAUCAAACAACCAACACUCUGGUGUAUAGGGUCUCUGGACAAACAAGCUCGAGGAGGCCAUUGUUUGGUGCAGCCCACGACGACAACCACACCAUUGACCACUGAAGCAAGGUCCUUAUAUGGUCACUGAAGAAAUAAUCUUUUCUUCCGACAGAAGGGCACUUUUCUUGAAUCUUUGUCAGUGUCUGUUGUAAUUUACUAUCAUCCCUAAGACAAACUUGAUUCUGUGUUGCCGUUCUUUAUCUAUAUUGUUUAAUCAAAAUUACUCCCUCCGUAAAGAAAUAUAAGAGCGUUGAUCGUA